CUCUCUCUCUCUCGCUCUCUCUCUCUCUCAAUGCUGCUACUGUACUUACUGGAUGGAAAAGUACACCAGACACACAUGAACAUUCAAUUAAGAGAAAGAACCCUACUUCAGACAGGCCCGUUUCUGUUGGUUGGAUUUUUGGGUAAACAACAAUCCACCGCGAAGGGGACAUCAUGGCUUCUCAGCGGCUGUAUCGGAGGCUGGUGGAGCUCACCGUUCUGCUCACACUCCUGGCCCUCACAGAUGUUUCCAGUGAGAGCAGCUUGCACAAGAUCCUGAAGAAAAGAGAUGUGGUGGGUGACAGUAGCACUCUGUCUAAGUCCAGAGUGGCAGUCGCUCCCGCCAAGGCCAAAGAGUUCCUGGCCAAUCUACGGAGGCCCAAGAGGAACAUCUGGGACCGCAGCAGGCCAGAUGUGCAGCAGUGGAUCAUGCAGUUCAUGUACAUGGGCUUUGAUGAGACGAGACUGGAGACGGACCUGUCCUACUGGAUGGACCACGCACGGUCCAACGAUCAGGGUCGUCAGCACCAUUAUGAUGAGAACUCUCCCAUCGGACCCAGAGACAGAGGGGCACACCGUCAUGGAGCCAACGUCAACUAUGACUACUACUAACUCCACACGCUCGCAGUCUCACCCCUUCUCCCAAAACUGAAGGCCAACUACUUCUCUCUUUCCCUCCCCUACUUCUAACACCAAACUCUACCUUACACCUAUUACCAUAACCCCAAUGAACUUCCCGCUCCUCCUCUACUAACCCCAAUGGAUCUCACUCUCCUCCUCUACUAACCCCAAUGGAUCUCACUCUCCUCUCUACUAACCCCAAUGAACUUCCCGCUCCUCCUCUACUAACCCCAAUGGAUCUCACUCUCGUCCUCUACUAACCCCAAUGAAUCUCCCUCUCCUCCUCUCCUAACCCCAAUGAAUCUCCCUCUCCUCCUCUACUAACCC